CACUCUUUUGUUCAGUUUUGGAAUGGCCGCUGUUUUCACAAUGUUUUCUUUUUCCUCCACUCUUAUUCGGCCACGGAAGACGGAAGGAAACGGGAGAGAUGGCGCUUACAUCGCCGUGCCACUGUGUAGAAAAAAAGGGAUAACGGUGAUCCCUCUCGUUAGAUCAAGAGAAUAAUCACAACAACAGCGGUCGUCCUUCUGCAAAGCUCUGAAGAUUGUGGACUGGGAUGACCCUCAUGACCUAAACUCAUUGCUACUGCUGCCAAAGGGAUUUUGCAUGGUUUAAACAAGCAUGUGGCCCGUGGGUGCCACCACAGUCCAGAUACGUCAUAUACAUUUUUGUUUUUCUUCUCAUUACUACUUUUUUAACGAAUAAUUAAAACAAGGGAAUGUUUUUCGGAUUACUCAACCUUUCUAUGGAGGGUGCCCGUCAUUCUCUGAGGCCGCAAAGCAACCUUCCGAGAGAGACUCCCAUGAAGGACUCUGCGGGGGCCUAGUAACGUCGACAUGAGUAGUACUUUAGGCAAAGAGAAGGACUCUAAGGAGAAGGACCCCAAGGCCGGUCCUACGGGGAAGGAAAGGGAAAAGGAAGCCAAGGCCCUGGCCGGUUUCGGUAAGGAUGGCGGCAAAGAGGCCAAGACCAAAGGGAAGGACGCCAAAGAAGGAAAGAAGGACAGCGGCGGCGCGCCACCGGCCGUCGCCUUCUCGUUGGACAACACGAUAAAGCGGCCCAACCCGGCACCGGGCACCCGCAAGAAGUCGAGCAACGCCGAGGUGAUCAAAGAGCUCAACAAGUGCCGAGAGGAGAACUCGAUGCGCCUGGACCUGUCCAAGCGCUCCAUCCAGAUGCUGCCCACGUCCAUCAAGGAGCUGACGCAGGUGUGCGAACUCUACCUGUACAGCAACAAGCUGCAGAGCCUGCCCGCCGAGGUGGGCUGCCUGGCGGGCCUGGUGACGCUGGCGCUGAGCGAGAACUCCCUGACCAGCCUGCCGGACUCGCUGGACUCCCUGAAGAAGCUCCGCAUGCUGGACCUGCGGCACAACAAGCUGCGGGAGAUCCCGGCCGUGGUGUACCGGGUGACGUCGCUGACCACGCUCUACCUGCGCUUCAACCGCAUCACGGCGGUGGAGAAGGACAUCCACCACCUCUCCAAGCUCACCAUGCUCAGCAUCCGGGAGAACAAGAUCAAGCAGCUGCCGGCGGAGAUAGGGGAGUUGUGCAGCCUCGUCACCCUGGACGUGGCUCACAACCAGCUGGAGCACCUGCCGAAGGAGAUAGGCAACUGCACACAAAUCACCAACCUGGACCUACAGCACAACGAGCUCCUGGACCUCCCGGAGACCAUAGGUAACUUGGCCAGCAUAAACCGCUUGGGGCUGAGGUACAACCGGCUGUCGGCCAUCCCCCGGUCCUUAGCCAAAUGUAGAGAGCUGGAGGAGCUUAACCUAGAGAACAACAACAUCUCGGUGUUACCAGAGGGCCUCUUGUCGAGCCUGGUGAAGCUGACCAGUCUGACGCUGGCCAGGAACUGCUUCCAGUCCUACCCCGUCGGCGGGCCCUCGCAGUUCUCCACCAUCUACUCCCUCAACAUGGAGCACAACCGGAUCAACAAGAUCCCCUUCGGCAUCUUCUCCAGGGCCAAAGUGCUGAGCAAGCUCAACAUGAAGGACAACCAAUUAACCUCGCUGCCGCUGGACUUUGGCACGUGGACCAGCAUGGUGGAGCUGAACCUGGCCACCAAUCAGCUGACCAAGAUCCCCGAGGACGUGUGUGGCCUGGCGUCCCUCGAGGUCUUGAUACUGUCCAACAACCUUCUGAAGAAGUUACCGCAUGGCAUCGGCAACCUCAGAAAGCUCCGGGAGCUGGACCUGGAGGAGAACAAGUUGGAGUCGCUUCCCAAUGAGAUUGCGUACCUUAAAGACCUGCAGAAACUGGUGCUCACCAACAAUCAGCUGACCACGCUGCCGCGCGGCAUCGGCCACCUCACCAACCUGACCCACCUCGGCCUGGGAGAGAACCUGCUGCAGCAUCUGCCCGAGGAGAUCGGAACCCUGGAGAACCUGGAGGAGCUGUACCUCAACGACAACCCCAACCUGCACAGCCUGCCCUUCGAGCUGGCGCUGUGCAGCAAGCUGUCCAUCAUGAGCAUCGAGAACUGUCCGCUCAGCCACCUGCCGCCGCAGAUCGUUGCCGGCGGGCCCUCGUUCAUCAUCCAGUUCCUGAAGAUGCAGGGGCCGUACCGCGCCAUGGUGUGAUCACCCCCAGCCCCGCCCCCCAACGAACCCCGUACCCACUGGCCCCUCUAUUCCUCACCCCUUGACCCCGCCCCCCAAGCCCCGCCCCCCCCCCCCCCCCCCCCCAGCGCCACCGCCCAAUCACGCUUUAGAUCGCUACGCGGCUGACCUCUCGCCAAAACUCCAGGGCGCACUGCGCCGGGAGGUUAUGAGGUCACGACCCGGGUGUGUGGGGUGAUGGCGAAGAGGAAGAAGAGGGAUAUGGGGGGGAGGGGGAAGAGAUGCUCUUAUGUUUUUAUGUUUUGUUUUAAACAAGGCGGCACCAUGUAGACUUGGGAUCCGUGUUUCUCUCAGACGUUGUCAUGGUUAUUAAAGGACCGCGGCCCCAACCCCACCGCCACCUCCACCACCUCCACCACCUCCACCCCGAAACCAUGGAAAAGGAAAAUAUCUACAACUCUUUGCCAAAACCGAAAAACAAACUAUAAAUAUAUAUAUAUAGAUAUAUAGAUAUAUAUUGAGUAACUUUGAGCUGAGUGGCAAGUCUUUUAAUCAUAUAAACCGUGCUCCCAUUGCCAAUGUAUUUACAGUAAUUAAGCAUCUUAUUACGUGAGCAAGGAUACAAUUGUAUGCAAACACAAAACAAACCGACAAAAAAAAAAAAUUUGGAUCUCACCUUUUACCGCUGCUGCCAUAACUCUACUCUUGUCAUUAUUCAUGUUUUUGUUUUUUGGUAUUUUAUUCCCUUUUUUUAACCACUCGACGACUGUACACUUUUUGUGAAUAGCUUCUUGACCGUGGAGAACAAAGCUCUCGUGACAGCAUUGCUUUUUUGGAUUUUUGUUCAAUUUUUUACAUAAAAAAAACAAAACUGUGCCUAUGUCUAGAAUGAGCCGGUGGUUCACUUCUAAACUUGUCCAUGAGAUAUACAAAGGUAUAAAUUAUUUCAAUAAUCUUUUUUUUUUUAUUAUUCUUACUGAAGUUUGUUGGUUGUUCCUACUCAAGUUUAUUAUACAGAUUUUUCUUUCUGCCAUUGAACUAUUCAGUUGUAACGUAGUGUCAUUGGAUUUCUUUCUCUUUUUUUUCUUUUUUUUACAAAUAGCGAUAGUUGUCAAAUCUAGUAAUGUACACAAAAUACAAAUGCAGAUCGUAAACGCGUAAAAAAAAAAGACAAAAAGACAAAAAAAAGCUAGACUUCAAAUUCUUCAGGAACGCGGGCUGCACCGGACAGCCAGUGUUUCACAGGCGGAACGGUAUUGAAACUCAGAAUCAUACAUAUGUCGUGACGAGAUACGAGAUCAGAGAGUGAUUCCUUCUUUUUGUAUACGUAUGUAAAUCCUGAUUGUUGCCUUGAGUGCAAUUUUUUUUUUUUUUCUUUUUUUAAUUUGAACUUUUAUUUCUCUUGUACUGUUUACUCGUUUGGUAUUAUCUACAGUGUUGGGCUGCUUAGCUUACAUCCGAGGGAUGACAACGAUGAUGACCAACAUAUCAGAGGCCGGUUGUUUUAUAUAUAUAUAUAUAUAUAUAUAUAUAUAUAUAUAUAUAUCACUCCCUUUGUCCCCGAACCCCUCCUCUGGCCUCUGCAUAGUAGUUUGAGACCGCGAUGUGGUUGGCUAUCUAAACCUCCCGCUCGGAUAAUUCCUCUCCCCUCCCCUCGCUUUUCUUUUGUCCCACACUGUUCCAGCACUGUUGCUGCUCUUAUGCACUUUUUUUUGUAAGACGUUGGCCUCUAUAUUAAAAGACAAAAUGACAGUAGACUCUCGUCGGUUCUGUGGGAUUUGGGGGGGGGGGGGGGAUGGGGGCAUUUUGUUUUCAUAAGUAUUUUUAUCUGUUGAAGUGACCGGUGAAUCAUGUACAUUUGUGUCAAAUCGAUCUUAACAAGGAACUUGUUUUUCUUGGUCUGUAAAAAAAAAAGAAGAAAAUUGUCAAAAAAACAACUGCAGAAAGGGUUUGUUUGGCUGUACCGUGUUUUUGAUAUGCAUCAUGCCGAUGUUCUGCUUUUUAUUUCACAUUUUUAUCAUUGCUAGCAAAAAUAGUUAAUAUUUGAAUUAUACUUCAGAUCAGCGUUAUUUGAAAUCAUUAAUUUUUCGGGGAUGAAAUGUCAUAUGGUCAUUUAAUGUUAUUUCACUGUACAUUAAAUAUCCCAACAAAAAAUCUAAAUCAAUCCCGAUCCUUUGGCCCAAAGUGUUCUCGUCCAGACAUCCUUCAAUCAUUCAAAAUGGUUUUCAAUGAAUAUUUCAAACGGUCCUUUUUCGUUUUGUUUGUUGGGCGGCAGAGGAGACAAAUGCACCUACUGCUGCGUCACGUCCACUAGCGAACAACCUGGCGCUGCCACCAUCACCUGAAACACGCUGUAGGCCACAAAGCACCAUCUGGCUUUUGCUUUGUCAUGUUUCCGUUGUCUCUGGUGGUGCUUUUAACAGAUCACACUCAUUGGCCCUCCAUUUUAACCAAUGGGGGGUUGGAACUGGACAAGAAACCGUAUUUACACAACAUGUUGCACAUCAGAACCCGGUGUAAUCAACCCGAAUUGUUGUCCUGUAAAGAGACGGGGGGGAGAGGGCUUUUUUUUUAUUCUUUUCAGCCUCAACCAUACACGGAAGGCAUUCCUAAGCUCUGCAUAAAUGCUUGGAAGUCUUGACGUGUUAUUUUUUGCCUUUUUAUAAUAAAUGACUGUCGAUAAUUGGGAGGAGAAAAACAACUCUGAUCUAGGUGUGUGGAGGGGUGGGGUGGUGUUGAUUAGGCAUGCAGUGAAGGUGCUGCCGCUUUCCUUCAUGCCCCAACUAUGUUUUGUCUUGUUUUACUUUAGUCGUUCACGUGCCGUUUCUGCAGGCUAGAGAGAGCUAGUGUGUUGUAUUCGAGAGGAAAGCUGUUGAUGUGUACCCAACCUUUUACAAAUGAAGGUGUUGCUGUUAUCCAAAGCAACUGCCAGUGAUUACAGGUCAUUAGGCAGAGGCAUGUAGGGGUAUACAAAGCAUGCUGGUAUGGACUGGGAUGGGAUGGUGGAAGGGCAAAAGGUGGAAUCUAGGAUCUUUUCGACCUCAAAGCACUGCAAUUUUCAGCCCGUACAAACUCUACUUUGACCCUUCAUAGUCAAGCUAAGCCAAGCCUAUUUCUUUAGAAGCAGGUGAGCACUCAGAAGGCCUACAUUUGGACAGCAUGUCCUGUGUGUACAUGGAUUUAGUCCUAAACCCAAUGCUAGCUGAUGUACAAUCCUCCCGGACACGGAGCAUGCAAAAGCUUUCCGUGACGUUUAAUUUAGCAUUCAUGAAACAACUUGUCGCCUCUAGGGGCGCGUGGACCGGGCGGGCGUGUCAACCUCUCGGUUCAGCACCGCGUGUGGCUGGGGCAGAGACCGGGGUGGUGUCGUACUCACAGGACUCCAGUGCUGUGGUUAUUUUGUUUUCCCGCAAAAAAGCUCCUCCUAUAGUUUUGUAAUUUUUGUUCAUACACUGGGGGGGUUUCAGGAGUAAUUUGACAGGCAGCCUUAAUAGGCUUUCCCUCCUCUUUAUUGUCCCUCUUCUGUUGCUCAUCACUUAGCGAGCUCGAUCCCAGACUUCACUCUGAAGAGCAGCAGCAGCAGCAGGUGGUUUGAAAAUGUUUCAGUUUGAUAUUCUUUCCUCCUCUCUGCACUCUCCUUGCUCUGUACAGAUAUCUGGCUUAAAGUUAAAGCCGGAAGUUGAACACCUCUCACACCGCACCUGGGUGAAGGGAUCUGUGGAGAACCCCAAACAUACACUGCAUUCUCCCUCUCUCCUGAGUUUCGUUUUCAGAGUGAUAAUAAUGAAGGAUGAAUCAACAGCCUCAACUGCUUUUUCUUACCGGGGAGUUAAUUUCACUGAUCUGUGUUAAAAAUCGAAGAAACAAUUCAAUAAGAUAAUUGGCUUUUUU